AUGGAUUUGAAAAAUGCUAUAUUUCUCAACCUAGGCCUCUUGGCUAUGAUUCUUCUUAUCUCCUCAGAGGUGUCAGCGAGGGACUUAACUGAGAAGGGUUUGGUUGAUGAAAAGACAUUUAAUAAUGGCAUCUUUGGUCAUGGAGGCUACUAUGGUAAUGGUUAUCCAGGUUAUGGUGGUUAUCCGCGUAAUAGUGGUGGAUAUAACAGUGGUUAUGGUGGUGGCUAUCCGGGUAAUUAUGGUGGCUAUAAUGGUCGCUUUGGUAGUGGUUAUCCAGGUAUUGAUGGUGGUUACAAUGAUGGUAUAGGUGGAUAUGGUGGUGAAGAUGUAGAUGGGCAAACUAAAGACGAUACACAUAAUUGA